UUAUAGUGGGACUGUGGCAGGCAUUCUGACACUGGGGGGGGGGAAAUGACUUGGUGUCACUGACAUCCCCAGUGACACCAAUACAGUGAUCAACGCUAAUAAAAAGCACCGACACUGUACUAAUGGCACUGGGCAGGAAGGGUUUAACAUGUGGGGUAAUCAGAGGGUUAACUGUGUACUGUUUCACAGUGUGCUGUGUGUGUGCUUUCCACUGUAAGCACACUGCUUUGUAUGGUUCUGCUAUGCAGAGCCAUACAAAGCAGUGUGCAGGAACUGACGGGAGAGAUCUGUGUUUAUAUAUAUGCCCCGUACCCGGAAAUGCAAAAUCA